UUCCUGAUGCACUUCCGGUCUUCACCGGAUGUUGCCAAGAAACAUUGAAGCGCCUGUGAAGUACAGAAUCGAGCCCAGCAAAAUGUGUUCAUACCACUCUGUUUGCAAGGUGUUGGUGCAAACGUCCGUGUGAAAAUAGUUGUCUGCAAUCUACUUAUAUUCUCCGUUGAUAUCGAGAGAAGCCCCGGUCUAGGGCACUUGGAGAAAAAACACUUUAAAAACAGAGGGUUGUUGCGGGGUCGUGCAUGAAAAUGACUAAUAAUAUCAAUGGCCUGUUUUAAAUAGUUUUCUUGCUGUGCCUUACCAAAUUGUGGACCAUGAUGGAGCGAAGAAGAGCCUUAACUAUUCCAUUUAAUGUUGACAAGAAUAACUUGAUGGAUAACCCACUCAAAAUCUCCGUUCCAUGUCUUUCAUCAAAGUAUGGGAAAUUAGAAAGACAGGUUUCCUGGACUACAUUUGCAGAUUGCAAACGCAGACAUCGUGAUUCACAGCAUAAAAAUGGUUCCAUGCUGUUUGAUCACAAGCAUGCAACAUUGGAAAUGGCCAGGAGAAAGCCCCGCCUGAUCCUGACCGAUGUCCUAGAGACAGAACUGGGCAAGGCUUAUAUAGAAAGGAUGAGAAUGAGUCGAGGACGAGUGUCAAGUACACAGAGAGAGAGUGGUCGAUGUAGAGAGGAACCCCUGAUCUGCAGAGACAUGAAGUCCAGUCAGAGGGAGGCCAGGAAUGAUAAAAACAAGAGUGUAACCCCUAAAUGUAACCAGAAAACCACCUCCUCACCCACUCAAAGGUCAAGACUCAAGAGAAGGUCACAAAAUGUUGAUGAUGGAGAGGACAUAGAAGAAAGCAAAGAUAUCAAGGAGGUGAUAAUAGGAAAGGACAACGGAGACCACUUCAAAUUUGCUGAAGUUGUAGAUUGUGGGUUGUCUGUGAGCUGGGAGCCUGCCGAGGAUACAGGAAGAUGUGAUGAGUUCUCCCCAGCCAGCAUUAAGGAUAAGUGGACUGAUCCAGAAGAAGAAGUACAACACAGUGUGAAGAGGAAAAGAAAGGAUGCAGGUUCCCAGUGCAAUGGGAUAGGCAGCCCCAAACUCCACCGUGAGAGUGUGCUACGCCUCACUGGAGAAGACAGAAGAGAUGGAGGACCGGCCCCUACACGUACUUGUCUGGAAGAAAGUGGAGAAGACGGAGAUUUGGGGAGCCUGGAUCGUACCAUUGUACAGUUUGCGGUAGGAGCAGAUGAUCAAGCAGAAGUUCUGGUCCCAAUCAUCAGUCCUAAUUUGGAAGCUGGAGACUUUAUUGGUACUCCCAGUCUUUCAUCUAGCCAGGACAACACAAACACAACCAGCCCCUCUGAACCCAUUGUGCUGUCCAGUGAUGAUGAGGAGAGCGGUAACGUUCCUCAGCGCUGCAGCCCAGCGGCCCAAAGACUGAUCACUGUGGGAGACACAGUAAUACAGGGACAAUCCUCGCAGGAAGCUGUGGCCAAACGGCAAGAAGCUUCUGACAUACAGGACAUGCAGGUGUUGCAUGUAGUUGUAGAUGUUCCUGGUUCAGUGGUAGUUUCUCCCAUCCCCAGUAUAAACUACUCCUUCUCCACGCUGCACUGCGGAGGUUACAAAGGGAAAGCGAAUGGAGACAUCAUGAUAGCAGACCAAGAAAUCAUCAUACCACUGACAGACGCUGAUAAACAGGUGGAUGUGAUGUUAAUCAUUGAGCGUAAAGACCUGAGGAGGUACAGUGUUUGGGAGCAGCAGGAACUCGAGGACCGGGAGUUUCACCUUAGAGGCGACGAGGAUCCUUUUCCCGCCGCCGUCCUUCUGUUUUGUGUGUCCGAAACUGCUGCAGCUGCUUUAGAGGGAGACCUCCUCAAGCUGUGUGUCAAACAAGAUGGAACCAUGAACACUGGCAAGGUGAGCCCCUUCAUCUUGCUGACUCUGACAAAUCCUGUGGAGGGAAUGGAGGGGGCUUUAAUGCGCUCCCUCCUGGACAUUGACUGUCUCAACAGUCUGGCACAUGAAGAAUCCAUCCAUGGUGCAGGCAAAGUUAGUUAUUUGGAAGGCUUCUACACUCCUGUUCUUUCUCUGGAUGAUAGCAUAGAGCUGAUUAGAAGAACUGGACUGGACACUCACCUGCUGUCUCUGCUGGGCCUGGAGAGCACUGACCCUAGACUUGACACAGACCAGGAUGGUCCAUAUUCUGAUACAGAUGAAAGCACCACACCACACAUCCAGCUGGAGGGUGAUUCACAGAAAGAGACAGUACUCGAGCUGGAGACAGCAACAGAACAAGACACAGGGACCCAAAUUAAACCAGAGGAGGAUCGGCAAGAACAAGACCUUGAACAUCCCUCUGAGAAGAAAAAGGAGGAUCCCACUCCUGUAUACACACUGUGUCAUCGUAGAACCAGAGGAUCCUACUCCGCGUUCCUGUGUAAACCAGAUUCCAGAUGGACUAAAUUUAAACAUCAUGGCCUGGCUCGCAGGUUGAUCCAGUUUCCUCCUCCGCCAUUGAAAGGAGGAAUAACUGUCACAAUGGAGGACCUGCAGUGCCUUGACAGCGGGCACUUUCUCAAUGAUGUUAUCAUUGAUUUUUACCUCAAAUACCUCCUCCAGAAUGCCUCUGCUGCUGUGGCCGAGCGCACCCAUGUCUUCAGCAGCUUCUUCUACAAGCAGCUGACACGGAGGGACAACGCCAGUGAAGGCGUCACCAGUGACUCCUGUCAGAGGCAGAGGCGGCACCAACGGGUGAAGACGUGGACACGACACGUGGACAUCUUCAAUAAAGACUUCCUGUUUGUGCCUGUCAAUCAGGAGGCUCAUUGGUAUUUAGUUGUCAUCUGCUUUCCUGGAUUGGACAAGCCCAAAUCUGAGGCCUGGAGUGGUACAAACUCGCAAACAGGAAAGAACCAUGGUGGGACAGGCGAGUUACAGGAACAAGAGGUGGCUCAAGGGUCUAAAAGCCCAAAUGAUGACACCGAGACACCAUCCACACCACCUACAUUAAACCACAGUGACAGCAUGGACACAGAGACAGAAAAGCCUCAAGAAGAAUCCACCAAAGACCCGACACCUGGUCCAGUGAACUGCACAGAGCGGACCUUCCAGAAGAAAACUGUCAGUAAGAGGCCGUGUAUUCUUAUCAUGGAUUCCCUCAAGCUUUCUCUUCAUGAGCGGGUCUUCAAACUCUUACGGGAGUACUUGCAGUCAGAAUGGGAGGUCCGUCGUGGUUCGUCGAGGGACUUUAGUCCUGAUCAGAUGCAAAGCUCACACUGCCAAGUUCCCCUUCAAGACAACAGCAGCGACUGCGGCCUCUACCUGCUGCAAUACGUCGAGAGUUUUUUGAAGGACCCUGUGGUGCACUUUGAUCUCCCUCUACAACUACAACGUUGGUUUCCACGGCAGCAGGUGCGGAGGAAACGAGACGAAAUCAGAGAUCUGGUACUUAACCUUUACCGACAUCAAAACCUGGAUAGUAACAGAUAGACAGAUGAAACAGCUCUGCUGUUCAGUGCAUCACAUUCCUGUAACCAUUAUUAAUCACUGCUCAUACUGAGCGACAGACAUUUCAGCGUGAACUGAAAAUAUUCCCUUUGCGUUAGAUGCUGUUAUCAUUUUCUGCAUUAACUCAAACAAAACAUGUGAACCUCUGACUGUGUGUGGAUCCUGGGAGGAGGCAUCAGUUACUUUCAACACCAGGGUUCAACAAUAAGAGUUACCCGAUGGGCCCGGGGGCAAGUAAAACACCACGUCGGGCAAGUAAAUAUAACAACCCAUUUGUCUGUUCGGGACUGGCGGCUCUCGUUAGAAGAAGAAGAAGA